CCUGUCAGGGUGUGGCCGAGAGAAAGUGCCUAAAUACAGGACAGUGGCAGCAACACCACCACAAACCGCAACCUGCUCACACAGCACAAAGAGAUCUGAUGGAAGAUUUGACGAUUCAGUGUGUUAACUGGGACAAGGAGGAGAACGUGGAGAGCCACAGAACAGAGGGUCUGGAUGGAGAGUCCCUGGUGGUGAGAAGGGGACAGCCCUUCAAAGUCAGUCUGAAGCUGGGGGGCAGAGCCUACGACCCAGCCAAACACAGACUCUUCUUUAAAAUUCUAUUAGGCAACCUGUAUGUCCAGAUCCCUGUCGCGUUCUCCAAGCAGGUAGAGCGUCCUGACUGGGCUGCCUACUUCCGGGCUGAUAGCUUGGCAUUCGACCCUCAGAACGUGUCCGUGUACCUGUGCACCCCCGCCUCCGCCCCUGUGGGCAUAUACCAGCUCGAGCUGAGCAUACUCUCCCCGUACUAUCACAGGGUCUACAAGGUGGGGUCGUUCACCCUGCUCUGCAACCCAUGGCUCAAAGAGGAUUCUGUGUAUAUGCCCUUGAAGAGCCACAGAGAGGAAUAUGUCCAGAAUGACUUUGGUUUGUUGUAUAUGGGCACGCCCAGCAACAAUGUGGCCAGACCAUGGUCUUUUGACCAGUACGAGGCAGACAUCUUACAAAUCUGCAUGAAGCUUCUUGACGUAAGCCCUCAGCACCAAAAGGACUGGAAGGCUGAUUACCUGAGCCGCGGUGACCCGGUCUACAUCGGCCGAGUGGUGUCUGCCAUGAUUAAUUCCCAGGAUGACCAGGGAGUCCUGAUGGGCAGAUGGUCAGGGAGCUACAGUGAUGGUGUCCACCCAACCAAGUGGACAGGGAGUGGGGACAUUCUAAAGCAGUGGGCUGCAUCCAACUUCAGUCCGGUUAAAUAUGGCCAGUGCUGGGUCUUUGCUGGAGUCAUGUGUACUGUUAUGAGGGUGCUGGGGAUUCCUUGUCGCGUAAUCACCAACUUCAACUCGGCCCACGACACCAACGCUAACCUGGUGAUUGAGGAGUAUUACUCCGUCAUGGGGGAGAAGCUGCCUCGCAGCAACGACAGCAUCUGGAAUUUCCACGUGUGGGUGGAAGGCUGGAUGAGACGUAAGGAUCUGGGAAUGGCGUUUGAUGGAUGGCAGGUGCUAGAUCCCACCCCUCAGGAGAGGAGUUCAGGUAUAUUUUGCUGCGGCCCAGCAUCAGUGAAGGCUGUGCAGGACAAAGAGCUCCGCAUGGUCUACGACGUCCCGUUCGUUUACGCCGAGAUGAAUGCCGAGGUGCACACCUUCAUCGUGUCAGACAAUAAGUCCUUCCAGGUGGACGUGGACACAGAGAGAGUGGGAGCGCUCAUCUACACUAAGGCUAUUGGUACCAAUCAACCCCAGGACAUCACAGCUGAUUACAAAGCUCGGGAAGCCCCUGUACCAUACUCUAUGGACGUUCCAGCAAAUGGGCCCACUAUAAUGUCAAGAUCACUUGCUUUCGUACCAGAGCCUGCUGCCUUCAACAGACGACCCAGACAAGGUCUCGCAGUGUCCCUGAAGUUCCAGAAUGUACCAGCAGCGGGAGAUGACAUCUCCUUCGUGGUCGUGGUGGCCAACUUGGAAAACAGCGCCAAAAGACUGAGACAGCACGUGAAUGCCCAGGUCAAAGAAUACAGCAACCUCCCAGGAGGCACCAUCUGGGAGGACCACAGGGUCAUGCAGGUCGGCCCUCUCCAAACUCUGGAGAUAGCGCACCAGAUACCCUAUGAGACAUGCAAGGUCCUCAUUGGGGAGGACCUGGUCAAUCUGGCUGUGGUGAUUGAGGAUAUGGGGAGUCAGGACCGAGUGUUGGCCUUUGACGAGUUCAACAUUGGCAACCCUGAGAUCCUCAUAGAGGUUCCAAAUGCCCAGAAAGUGGUACUGGAGAAAGAGCACCAGGCCCAGCUGACGUUCAAGAACCCGUUCAGAAUGGCCAUCGGUGGGGUGCUGACCAUAGUCGGUGGCGGCCUGCUGGAGAACAAGAUCAACAUCAGGGUCCAUCUCAAUCCAGGUGAAACCAUGCAGAAGACGAUCACUUUCAGACCUAAGAUGGCAGGAAUCAAGAUGCUCCAUGCCAGCCUCGCCCUAUCCAACACGCCAAUUGUGGUCCGGGGCUUCCAAACUAUUAGAGUCAAACCUAUGUAAGGAGGCUCUUUUUGAUCACAGCACUUUGCGGACCGCAAAUGAUUGAAUCACCCCGGUACAUCACAGUGUACUAUUUUAAUGAUGAUUUCUAUGGCUGUUUGUGUAUUAUUAUAGAAUAAUGUGAGUAUUUUGUAUUGUUAAAGUUAUUUAUUUAUUUUCAGAUUUUUAAAGCAUAUGUAUACGUAUUUGUACCCAGUUAAACAUACUCAGUUAUAA